AUGCCAGAGUCAUGGCUGAUGAGCCUCCCACAGUCCGUCGUGAAAGGCCUCGCUGAUGCUUAUUUCGGCGUCUUCCAUCGCAACACUCCGAUACUCGACAAGUAUUUCUUCUACUCAAGCACCCUAGGCAGAGCUACAGCAACUGAGUUUGGCUAUGACAUCGAAACGUGCCUUGUGCUGAUCGUCCUUGCGCUUGGAUGCCUGGCAGUGAAAGCCUACGAAGAAGGUGAUUUCGCUCUUCCCUCCCGCAUACUCUCGUCGAAUCCAGGCUUCGUGCGCCCUGACUGGUACGAACUUACAGUGGAUGAGACGCCAGGACUCACAUUCUUCAAUGAAGCCCGCAAGCGAUUUGGCUUUAUCAUGUGCCAGAACGAUCUUCAGGCUGGGCAGUUCUAUAUGCUGUCCACUCUGUACUAUGCUCAGAUUUUGCGACCACUAGACUCUUGGACGACUGUCAAUCGUGCAGCUCUUUGCUGUAUGACGACUCUGAGCCGAUCAGAGACAAUCGAUUUCGAUGAAUGGGAAGGCGACAUGUUCUCGCGACUCUUCUGGAACACGUUGAUGUACGAAACAGUCAUCACCCAAGAACUUGAUCUCCUGCCACACAGUGGAAUAUUGGAGUAUGAAUCCAACGUACCGUUGCCCAAGUUCACAGCUUGCCCUCGUCCAAAGACAUCCAUAGCAGAAUUGCUUACCGAUGAGGACGACUCAUUCUUCAACUUUCACUUUCUUGCACAAGCUGCCCAUCGCAUCAUCCUUACCCGGGUCAAGCAGAGCCUGUACUUCUUCGUCAAGAAGGAGGCGUACCCUGGGGUGAGCAUCACAGCCGAGAUGCAUCACCAGCUUGAGCAGUGGCGUGCAAACCUUCCUCCAUCAUUGCAGUUUUCCGACAACGAGAACGCAGACGACUCGCCCAGUCCCGCCCAUGUCAUCGCGAAAGCCAUGUUGCGCAGCCGAUAUCUCGUGGCUAAGUUCCAUAUUGGAAGGCCUUUCCUAUACAAAGCGUUGCAUGCGCCGGCAUUCACCAGCGACGCCGAAUACAAUGAGGUGCGGAAAGGUCUUCGUGGCGGAAUGUAUUGGCCAACAACUAUGGGCUUGUGCACCCAAAUGCUAUCAGCUCUGCCCCUGAAGUUUGGCUGGUGUUGCCAGUGCUUUGGCCAGGUGCUACUUUUCCAUGCCGUAGCAAGAUCUCCAGACCAGAAGUUGAGAGAUACUCUGCCAGAUGGGUGGCAGGAGUGGGUACAAAUCAUGAUGGCACUCAUCGAGAGCUGUGCACGCGACAGUCCCGGGAUAGCAAAAGAUGCCGAGUUGCUUCGGUUGUUAUAG